AUGGAGGUACCAGGCUCUACCUCUGCCCUCCACGGUCGCGUUGGGGGAAUGCCCAACACCAACAACAUCAAGUCCAGCGUGAACGAAUACAAGACUAGGCGGACCAGCGAUAUUGGUCUCCUGAAAUCAACACUACUGCCUUCACUAGGCCUAAACACAUCCCUUUCAGCUCUCAGCUAUCUUCUCUCGCUCUCGACGAACCGCGUGGAGAUCAAAGACUGCUUCUGGGGCGGAAACCAGGUCGUCAACGUCUGGUGGACAGCGUUAGGAAAACCGAUCUGCCAAUCUAACCUGACAGUCGCCAAGGCCUGGAAUAAUCUAUCAUGGACAGAGAAACUAUUACUCUUCUCCGUUAGUCUCUGGGGCACGCGACUGCUCUACCGCGUUGCGUCGAGGGGGAUCCGUCGUACACGGUCUGGUAAAGGUAAUGAUGACCCGCGGUACACGAAGGUGAAAAAGCAAUACGGAUUCUGGAAGACUGCAUUCUGGAAGCUCUAUCUGCCCGAGGCCGUUUUUCAGAGCGUCAUCGCGUUGCCGUUUACGAUCCCGUUCCGCGGUGGAGGUACGGUUCCCCCGACUGGUAAUGGGCGCUUCCAGGACAUCGCGAGGGCCGUUGGCGUCGGCUUCUUUGGAGUCGGGUUUGCCUUGGAGGUUCUCGCUGAUGUGCAGUUAAGCUGUUACCGUGGGAGUGGACUGCAGAGGGGUGGUGUUUGGAGUAUUGUUCGGCAUCCGAAUUAUCUAGGUGAUAUCAUCAUCCAUAGCUCUUUCGCCAUCCUGAGCUUGGCAGAGUCUUUCCACCCUGUGGUGCUUCUGGGCCCGUUGGCGAAUUAUGUCUUCCUCCGCUGUGUUGGAGGGGAUAAGGAAAACGAAGCGUACCAGGAGGAUCGAUACAAACACCACAACGAGGAGAAAUACCGAGACUUGCAGGAGUCUAAAAGACAAAAGAAUAGCGUCUGGCCUCAUCUGCGGGAGUUGGCCAAUCCAUGGACCUGGGCUGUCGUGGGAUGCGGUGCGGCUGUUGCCUUCCUGGAAGAAGUUGCUAAGGGGUGGUAUGAGGGCUUGUCUUGAGAUAUAUUCUAUUGAUUGAUUGAUUCCCAUCGAAAUAUAGAAAGAGUUCCUUCCAUAAUCAGGGGAAUAAAAAGACAAAACUAU